UUACUGACUUACUUCACACUUCUGAUGUCUUUGACAUUCAAUAUAUUUGUUUUUUGCUUUAUCGGUGAACUCUUGAAGGAACAGUGGAAUGAUACUGGAAAGUCAGCAUAUAUGGUCGACUGGCAUCGGAUGUCCCCCAGGAUAGCCGCGACGAUGAUGCUCAUCAUCGCUACAGCACAAGUGCCAAAAAAAAUCACCGCUGGAGGAUUGCUGGAUUUGACAUACGCCAGUUUUACAUCUGUACUUCAUCUGCAAUCAAUUCUCCAUCCAUCAUUUAAUUUUGAUACCUUUUCAGGUGAUGAAAUCAUCAGUCAUAUACCUUAACAUCUUGAGGCACAUAGACUUGUAAGAUUGAUUGAUUGCAUCAAAAUUGCCUUCUCCAGUGCUUGAACGUUAUACUUAACGCAUAAUUAUUUGUUCAAUC